AAAUAAUAGUUCUGCAGUUUAACGUUCGUAAAUUUUUGAUGGCCGUCAAUACUUGAUAAUAAUCCAGCUAAAAGACAGUUUGCAUAUACAUGAGUUUGUAGAAGAGUCGAUGACAAAAACUAAUCAAUAUUUGACGUUGAUGGCCUACCAAAUAAUUCGAGAAUAUUGAGAAACAAUAUGAAAACUCUGCAUAUUAUAUUGUAUCGAGCAUAAAAGCUUUCCUCGGCAAAGCAAAACUAUUUAUUUUCCGUGCCCUUUCUUCGUGUGUAAAUAAAUAAAUAAAUAAACUUUUGUCCGCUUCGACCUCCCAUUACAUUUAAUACGUAUGUACUAUCAACGAACCAAUCUUACAUAAACGAACCAUAUUCUUAUCUUAGCCUAAUUAUGUUGAAUAUACUUUCAUUCAAACCGUUGAGCAUACGUAGAUUAAGGAAUAUCGUUCAUUGCCAACUUUAAACCUCCAGUUAAACGAACCAAAAGGACGAAUCUUUACCACACAUAUCCGUCCGUAAGGUUAGUCAUAUCUUAAAUGACAUUCAAGCCCAAGUGAUUAACACUCUGCCACCAUUAUUAUUACUACCAAGUAACUAAUAAUGUGCUUCCAAAAUGUGUAAGCAAUUAGUACAAUAAUUAUCUUUGAAUAUAAUGCAGUGAGCGAGAUGGUCAAAAGUAGGCACAAUGCGGUGGAGACCAUGACGAGUGAUUCAUGACCAAAGUAAAAAGCAAGAGCAAUGCUUAAAUGUUGUCCAGUAAAUAUUUAAUAGUUGUCUCAACACUCUCAGUAUUGUAUAUUCGCAAAUAAUUACUGUUGUUAUUAUUAUUGUUAUUAAGCAUUACGCCGAUAUAAAGCACAAGAAGUGCAUAACAGAAGAAAUAUUUAGUAAGGUCAAAGGUGGGAUUCAGUUUCGGUUUUCUUCAGUGCGUGCGUGCCACCAUAUUUUAUUUAAAUCUCAUCUGAGAAAACAAUGGGAAUUUUUUCUCCCAAGCCACUCAAGUUAUCGUCUUAUCAAAAUCCAAUCGAUGAUGUAAAGUCAGGGUGGGGGCCAUGCUGUCGACCUGUGUGUGCUAGAACAGGUGGGCGGCGACGGGAGCAGAUCAAAAGAGUCGCGUAUGUACUGUUAUUUUUGUCUUUGGUGGGAUUCUUGGACUAUCUUUCGACGACUUGGGGAGAAAUAGAAAUACAACAAGAAUUUGGAUACCCUCUAAACAUACCAAACUUUCCAGAGGUUGUGGAGGAGUUUAGGUUCAAAGUUGGCAAUUUUGCAUACACUCCUAUAAACUUCAAAUACUCAAGUAUAGACUAUAUCCAUAAGGCUUUGAGCAAAAAUGAGAAGCAAGCCCAUGGCUUACUGGUGUUGGUGAAAAGUGCAAUCAAGAACUUUGAGAAAAGGGAAUCUAUCCGACAAACUUGGGGACAGCUUCAAUACCUCGAGGAUGCAAAAAUUGAUGACAAUCUUCCUUCCAAACUCCUCUUCAUUUGCGGUGUCCCACGAAACAGCGAUUUUGACAGUGUCGAAGAGUUAUUCCCGCAGGAGUGGGAUAAGAAUGACAUUAUUGUUGCAGACUUUUUGGAUGAGUAUGGAAACAAUACGUACAAAUCACUCCUGGCUCUAAGAUGGGCUUCUCAGGAAUUUCAGUCAGACUUUCAGUAUUUAUUGCUGGUCGACGACGACAUGUACGUAGACCUAGUCAAUUUGUCUACAUAUUUAAGAAAUUUUCCGAAACGUACAUUCGAGGAAAAGACAAACCUUCCUGGAUCUCAGUUCCCUAUCUACAGAAUGUCGACAAAGUACAAAAAUAACCACACUCUUAUCACUGGGAAUAACAUCUUGCAAAAGGGUUUAUAUAUGGGUCAAAUUUACUGGAACGCUACGCCCUUGCGAGAGUCGUACUUCAUAUUCCAAGCAAGAAGACGAGAGUGGGGGGUGCAGUUGGGGGACUACAUGUACAAUUUCUAUCCUCCAUAUGCACCUGGAGCGGCCAUUAUCUUCUCGAAGGAAGCAGUCCACAAGUUUUAUUAUGCUUCCUUCUUUGUAAAGCACUUUGCAAUUGAUGAUGUCUACUUGGGAAUUAUUGCCAAAAAGUUGGAGCUCUUACCCGUUCAUAAUCCGCAUUUUUACGCAUGGUACCCAAACAGAGAAAUACAACUGCAUAAGCCAUAUCUCUCUCACUAUCGAAAUGCUUUGAUUGUUGUACAUAUUUUCUGCGUGCUGGUAUCCCAAAAACAAACUCCGCAUCGAUGAGGACCCUUUUUCCGAAGCCAUUGCGAUUCAUGGAUGUCAAUGCGCAGCUCAAAUGGUUGAUCUCUGGGUGAAUAGGAAUCUCACAAACUUGGUGGAAUGCAAUAAACAAGAUCUGUCCAAUAUUUAAGUUGAAAAUUUCGAUAACUUUUAUUUAGUUUUGGACACACUUUUAGAAAAGCCAUAUUAUGAAUGAAUUAAUACAUUAUGUAAUAUGACAAUGAUGGUUAUAUAUUUUUGAAAGUUAUUAAAGAAAAGUGAAUACACAA